UCUGCAUGUCUGAGAAUGUCCUGUGAUUUGAUUGUGAGUUGAGUUGUGAUUCUCAGCUACAAAUUCUAGUUGCUUCUGUUGUGCUCAACUGGUUAGAAUGCAUCGGUGGCAUUCAAUUGUAUUUCUCAUUUGGUGGUGGUACUGUUUACCCUCUCCAAUAAUGAGCCAAGAGUUACAUAUAAAAUUCUCAAAUAAAUGGCCAUUGGAUGAGUAUCACAGCCAUUUGAGGCAAUUGUUGCAACAAUUACUCUCAUUGGUCAAUGUGAAACGUUGUUUUGCCAUCAUCACCGAUGAUAUACACUUUCCAAUCUACGAUCGUUCAUACUAUGAAUCAAUUGGACGCAAUUUAUGUCCCAGCUAUAUGAUGCAUGUAAAUGAAAGUCAAGAUUUGGGUCGUCCAGGCAAAAGUCUGGAAUUGCAUUUAUCGGCCAUGAAGGCUAGUGAUUGUGAUUUAUAUGUGAUAACCAUAUUGAAUGCCGGUCAAGUGAAACGUCUACUAAAAUAUAUCUAUCGUAAUCGUUCACUUAAUAUGCAAAGGAAAUAUAUUUUAUUGCAUGACUCGAGGCUCUUUGUUGAGGACAUGUUGCAUUUGUGGAGUGUUUUCGUGGAAUGUUUAUUUCUUAAACGUCUCAUGGAUAAUAGUUUCACCAUAUCAACCAUUGCAUAUCCUGGCAUACUGAGUGGAGUUUUGGUUGCUAAACAGUUGGCCACUUGGUCAUUUGGUCAACGCAUUCAAGGCAGUGUUUUCUUUAUAGAUAAAACCAAGAAUUUGAAAGGUGCUCAACUGCCAGUGGCAAUUGCUGAGCAUUAUCCCAUGGUGCAAUUGAUAAGGUCCUCAAAUGUCUAUCAAGGUGUUGAAAUUGACAUCAUGAAUGCAUUGGCUAAGGCAUUAAAUUUUCAUCCUAUUUACUAUAAUGCCAAUGUCAGUGAUACAAUGGAUUGGAAUGAUCAGCAAGAUCAGCAGAACGAUUAUUAUGAUAAUGAGACAAGGCUGAUAGAUUCGCUAAUCAUUGGCGAAGUGUCGCGUCAUGUGGCACGUUUUGCCAUUGGCGAUUUACAUCUCUUUCAGGCAUAUUCACAUCUUGUGGAACUUAGUUAUCCACACAAUUUCGAGUGCUUAACCUUUCUAACGCCAGAAUCGACAGCAGAUAACUCAUGGCAGACAUUCAUUUUACCCUUCAGUGGCGGAAUGUGGGCUGGUGUAUUGCUAUCACUAUUCGUGGUGGGCAGUGUCUUCUAUAUGAUAAGUUUCCUCAAUGCCAUGCUCUCGAAUGAUGGCGAAAAUAAUAAAAAGACAUUUUUUCGUUGCCUACGAUGGAAUAGGCUUAAGUCCGAGGAUCGUGUGGAUAAAAAUGUCUGGCAAAGAUCAAGUUUUCGCAUCGCAUUGAUGCGUCGUCGUUCAACGGCCGUCGUUAAGUAUCGUGAUAUCUUUGAUGAUUAUCCCAAUUGUAUAUUACUUACAUAUAGUAUGUUGCUCUAUGUGGCAUUGCCACGUAUGCCCAGAAAUUGGCCAUUACGUGUCCUAACUGGUUGGUAUUGGAUCUAUUGUAUACUCUUGGUGGCCACCUAUCGAGCCAGUUUCACAGCCAUAUUGGCCAAUCCGGCGGCACGGAUUACAAUUGAUACUCUACAGGAAUUGCUAUACUCUCAUUUACCGCUCUCAACCGAAUUGACCGAGAAUAGACAAUUCUUUUUGGAUUCCAGUGACUCUGUGGCUCAACAAUUGGGUACCUCAAUGAAUAUAAUGACGCAUAGUAAUGAUAUGAUCGCUCGCAUUGCCAAGGGUCAGUGCGCUUACUAUGAUAACGAGUUCUAUCUGCGUUAUCUACGCUCAACGGAUGAUUCUGUAAGUGAUGCUGCCGAUGCAGCCACAACCACAAAUGGAGUUGGAUCCGGUUCUGCUGCUCUACAUAUAAUGCAUGAAUGUGUUAUCCAAAUGCCGGUGGUUAUUGCUCUAGAAAAGAACUCGGCUAUUAAAGAGCAUGUGGAUACUUAUAUUAAAUAUUUAGCCGAAAGUGGCUUAAUUGCGAAAUGGUUACGCGAUGCCAUACAACGUUUACCCGCCGAGGAGGAGGCCCCACAAGAGGCCCUUAUGAAUUUACGUAAAUUCUGGAGCUCAUUUGUGGCCUUGAUAAUUGGCUAUUUAAUUGCCAUCUGUGCCAUAUUGGCUGAAAAUUGGCAUUUCAGGCAUUACAUCAUGAAGCAUCCAAUGUAUGAUACAUAUUGUCCCAGUUUAUAUUAUAAUUUUAAACGUCUAUAUCCAGAUCAAUAG